CGUAUUCAAUUUGGGUCAUAGAAUCACUUUAAGGAUCGGGUUUUGACCCGAAUUUCAUUUUUCUUGUUGCUUCGAUUGAAAAAGAUUUGAUUUUGACUAAUGGGUUAAUUGAAUUUUGAGGUUUAAGAUUGAAAUUUGAUGCUGAAAGGAAAAAGCAAAAAGAUGGAAGGAGGAAGAAGAGGGAGGGCUUGUGUUGUGGUUUUGGGUGACAUUGGACGCAGCCCUAGAAUGCAGUACCAUGCUCUCUCACUCGCAAAUCAGGCUUCCCUAGAGGUUGACAUUGUUGCAUAUGGAGGCUCAGAGCCCCAUACUGAACUUCUGGCCAACCCAUCUAUUCAUAUUCACCUCAUGAAGCAGUGGUCAACAGCCCGUCAAAGCUUACCGAAGAUACUUCAACCUUUCAUGCUUUUGUUGAAACCGUUGUUUCAAAUUUUCACCCUUCUUUGGUACCUUUGUAUAAAGAUACCUUCUCCCGAUAUUUUUAUUGUCCAGAAUCCUCCUUCAGUUCCAACUUUAGUAGCAGUAAAAUGGGCUAGCUGGUUGAGGAAAUCAUCAUUUGUCAUAGAUUGGCAUAAUUUUGGAUAUACUUUACUUGGACUGUCCCUAGGAAGGAAUAGCCGUUUUGUCUCUUUAUACAAAUGGUUUGAGAAUCGUUAUGGGAAAAUGGCAGACGCUUCUCUAUGCGUAACAAAAGCAAUGCAGCAUGAAUUGGCUCAAAACUGGGGGAUUAAUGCUACCGUAUUGUAUGACCAACCUCCUGAUUUCUUUCAUCCAACUUCGCUGGAAGAAAGGCAUAAGUUGUUUUGCAGACUGAAUGAACACUUUUAUCAUCCUCUUGGUGUUAGAGAUUGUGUUAGUAAUGGAAAUUCGCUGACGAGUAGCCAAAUCCAAAAUGAGAGUGUAUUUACAUCUGAGGUUGGUUCAAACAUAGAUUUGAAGCCAAACCGGCCUGCACUUGUUGUAAGCAGCACGAGCUGGACUCCUGAUGAAGAUUUUGGCAUUCUCUUAGAAGCCGCUUUAAUGUAUGACAGACGUGUUGCGGCUAUAUUGAAUGAAGAUGAUUCACUAGACGAGGAGGUCAUGUGGAAAGAAAUAUCUGAUGAUGGAAAACAAUGUUUAUAUCCCAGAUUGUUAUUCGUCAUCACUGGUAAAGGUCCUGAAAAAGCAAAGUAUGAAGCUAAAAUAAAGACAUUGAAACUUAAACGCGUGGCAUUUCGCACCAUGUGGCUGUCUGCAGAUGAUUAUCCAUUACUGCUAGGAUCAGCUGAUCUAGGUGUUUGUUUGCAUACGUCAUCAUCCGGAUUAGACCUUCCCAUGAAGGUUGUUGAUAUGUUUGGCUGUGGACUGCCUGUUUGUGCUGUUUCAUAUUCUUGCAUUAAAGAGCUCGUUAGCGUCGACAAAAAUGGUCUUCUCUUCUCUUCAUCUUCAGAGCUAGCUGACGAACUUUUGACACUCUUUAAAGGAUUUCCCGAUGCGUGCGAAUCUCUGAAGGUUCUCAAAUCAGGUGCACUAGAUACAGGUUCUUCAUCAAGGUGGGUUACUGAAUGGGAAGAACAUGCAAAGCCACUGAUAACUGAGGUUAUGUCAAGAUUUUGAUUUUCGUUGUAUUCUUAGAAGUCGUCUUUGACUGCUAACAGAAAAUUUCAUAGAUUUGUUGGCUUGAUCGAUCCUAUAUUGUUGAGUUGACUUACUGCAUUUGUUGUAAAUAGAAGUCUGAAAUAUUUUUGGCAAGUUCUUUAUCCCAACCAAACUCAUGAGACAAUAUUUUUCGAACGGUUUUUGGAGUCAUGCCUUGGUCCAAUCUUUCCAUUAACAAUGGCCUCUGCAAGACAUUCCUGCUUUGGCCUUGCUUCCAUGUAUUCACAAUUUUAAGUAACAAAUAAUGAAUUCACCGUCAA